AUGCUCCCAGGCUGGCGCGGGUGCACUGAUCUGCACAUCUUGGGGGAACCUAGCAGCAGGAGAGUCCUCACUGUUCUGUGCCCUCCCCGCCUCCACCACUCCAGGGUGGCGGGCGUGGAGCGCAGGAUCGUGAGCUGUGUCCGCUCAGCGCCCUGGGAUCCGGGCCCUGUGGUGCUGGAAUCGCACUCCCGGAGCCGCAGCUCCCGAAAGCAGCAGGGUGCAGCCCCCUCCGCCUGGAGCCCCCGCCUGACCGACCCGCUUCCCCCCAUGCCCCACUGGAUCCGCACUCUAGCCCUUUACCGAAAUGGGCCCACAGGACGCUCCGCGAGGCCCGGGCAGGGGGCCACGCCGCGCCCCCGCCGCGCCUCCCCCGGGCCUCCCCCGCCGCUGCGCUCUGCUCCCACCGCGCACGCUGGAGGCCGGCCGCCGGAGCGCCCCAGCGCAUGCGCACCGGAGCCCCAGCCGGCACGGCGCGGGCGCGGGCGCGGCCGCCGCCGCGGGGAAGCGCGUCGGAGCCCGCCGGCGUCGGGGGGGACGGUCCGGCAGCGGGGGCCUCGCUUGGGCGGCUCUGGCCGGGGCGGGAGGGUCCUCGUCACCCUGUCCCCCGGAGUUAGGACGGCGGCGGCGGCAGGGGGCGGAGUCGCCCCGCGCCCUUUGUCGGUGGAGGCUGUUAUGCCCUCUUACAAUGCUAUACUUUCCCAAGGGGAGAACAUGGAGGAAAAGGGAUCGAAUGAUGGAUCACAGAUAGUCAGGUCUCAGGAAUCCCUGACAUUCCAGGAUGUGGCUGUGAACUUCACCAGAGAGGAGUGGGACCAGCUGUAUCCUGCUCAGAAGAACCUUUACCGAGACGUGAUGCUAGAGAACUAUAGGAAUCUGGUAGCACUGGGGCAUCAACUUUAUAAGCCAGAGGUGAUCUCUCAGUUGGAGCAAGAGGAGCAGUGGGUGAUGGAAAGAGACAGCCCACUGGAGAGUCAUGCAGAUGGGGAGAAUAGACCUGAAAUCAAAAAAUCAACUCCAAACCGGAAUAUUUCUGAUAAAAAUCAAAAUCAUGAUAUGGUAAUGGAGAGACUAACAGGAGACAGUUUCUGGUACUCCAUCUUAGGAAGACUCUGGAAUUUUGAUUACCAGUUAGAGUUUAACCAAGAAAUCCAGCAGGGACAUUUAGCACAAGUAUCUUUGACCCACAAAAAGAUCACACAGGAGAGAAACCUUGACUGUGAUAGAUUUGGAGAAAACUAUAACGUGAACUCAAACCUUAUUAUGCAUCAGAGAAUUCCUUCAAUUAAAAUACCCCUUAGUUUGGACACACAAGGAAAUCGCAUCAAACAUAAUUCAGACUUGAUUUACUAUCAGGGGAACUAUGUAAGAAAGAAUCCUUAUAAAUAUGAGUGUGGAAAAAUCUUCAAUCAACAUAUUCUUCUUACUAAUCAUAUUCAUACUGAAGAGAAACUCAGUGAAUGUGGGAAGGUCUUCAACCACAACUCAUCUCUUACUCAACCUCAGAUAGUCCUUACAGGAGAGAAGCCCUAUAAGUGUGAUGAAUGUGGGAAAAGAUUCAGCCAGAGGAUACAUCUUAUUCAACAUCAGAGAAUUCACACAGGAGAAAAACCUUUUGUAUGUAAUGAAUGUGGAAAAGCCUUCCGUCAACAUUCAUCCUUUACUCAACAUCUGAGAAUUCAUACUGGAGAGAAGCCGUAUAAAUGUAAUCAAUGUGGUAAAGCCUUUAGCCGUAUCACAUCCCUUACUGAACAUCAUCGACUUCAUACUGGAGAGAAACCAUAUGAAUGUAGUUUUUGUGGGAAAGCCUUCAGCCAGAGGACACAUCUUAACCAGCAUGAGAGAACUCAUACAGGAGAAAAACCUUAUAAAUGUAAUGAAUGUGACAAAGCCUUUAGCCAGAGUGCACACCUUAAUCAACAUAGGAAAAUCCAUACUCGGGAGAAAUUAUGUGAAUACAGUAAAUGUGAGAAACCCUUAGGUCCCAGUCCUUCACUUACCCAGCAGUAGCACAUAACUUAUGGUGGAAAAAUCAUAUGAAUAUAUAAAUGUAUGAAAACUAGGUCAGAUCUUUUUAUCCAAUUCAAUAUCAUUAUUCACAGAGGAAAAAAAAGCUUAUAAAAAACUUUUAAUGCAUUGAAACUAAAAUAAAUUUAGGUCUUAAAUUAGUAGCAUAUUCCCAGGAGAGGAUAUAUAGUGAAAAUAAUUUAUUUUAUAAGUAAGAUUAUAUUAAGAAUCAUGUUCCAAAUCUGAAAUCAAACUUUUUUUUAAUGCCUAGAAACCUUGUAGGCAAUAAUCUGUAAUUAUUCACCUGUAACUUUUAUGAUACAAAGUUUUUUAAAAAUUAUGUAAGCUUUAAGGCAGUGAUGCAGUGUAAUGACUCAAAUAAACUUGAAAUAAACAUAAAAGUAUUUCUCAAACUCA